AUGCCUAAAGCAGUCAAAACCUCCCUGACACUUUGCGACGAUGGGAAACGUGCUGCUGCACCUCCCGAGGCCAGAUCUGGCAAGCCGCGGCGUCCAAGCGAGACGACGCUGUUACGGAAGGAGCUGCGGACCGUCAUGAACGGAGACUUUGGCGUGGCCGUCGGCGAUCCCGAUGCUGCGCCGUCGUACGUGAUCGAGGACUACGCCGAGUUCACCGUCAUCGGCCAAGGGUAUAAAAUUGAGGGAUGGCCAAGCUCGAUCCCGUUCAGGAACGCGAGCGAGAUCCGAGGCGGGUGUGCGGUUCUGAAGGAGCUCCUGGCGCUCUGGAAGGCAAAGAAGAUCAAGUUUGUCCCGGCAACGCAGCUCGACAAGCUCAACGCCGCGCUCGACCCGACGCUCGUUGCGCCCGCCCCGGGCUUCCUCCACCGCAAGCCGUACGGCGGGCGGAACGACGUUGGCCGUUCGCGGUACCGGCCAAAGACGAAGCCGGACGGCGGUCCCCUGCGGCGGCCCAAGGACGGGCCAAAGAGCGACAAGUUUGUCUACAACUCUGACGACGAGGGCGCGGGCUCGCAGACGCAGCCUCGGCCGCUUCGGUUGCAGCCGUUGCCGCUGGUGCCGCCGCUCGCGCUAGGAAACCUUGCGUCGUCUUGA